AUGGCAUCCAGAGCCCUGUAUCAGCUGCACUUGUCAGCUGGCCUUCCCUUUUCCCCAGGCUGUGAGUAUGAGGGUCAGCAUCAUGAGGAGGGGGCAGUCUUCCCAUCCAGUUCCAACCCUUGCCUUAACUGCACCUGUCUGAGGAGCCUGGUUCGCUGUGUGCCCAUGCAAUGCCCGCCUAGCCCCUGUCCCAACCCGGUCUCAAGACUUGGACACUGCUGCCCAAGCUGCCCAGGUGAGAGUCUCCGUCCUCUCAGCCAGACCUGGGCCCUCUCCGUGGAUGGAGACAUUCUUCUUCCACAUGGAGCCUCCAGCCGGUCUGCAUCCCUAGGACAGAGGUCUUCUAGAAUCCGAGGUUGUAAUUGGAAGCGGGUAUGUGUGCUCAACGGACAGGAGUUUGCUGAGGGGGCCCAGUGGGAGCCUGAAGGGCAGCCCUGUACUACCUGUUCUUGCCUCCAGGGUGUUCCUGUGUGCAGGGCUGUGCCCUGCACCCCACCUCCCUGCCAGCAUCCCACUCAGUCCCCAGGUACCUGCUGCCCUAGGUGUGAGAGCUGUACCUACCAGGGGCACAUCUAUGCCAACGGGCAGAACUUCACCGACCCCAGCCAGCUGUGUCACACCUGCCACUGCAAGGAUGGGACAGUCCUGUGUUCUCCAAUUGACUGCCCACCCACAACCUGUGUCAGGCCUCAGAAAGAACCAGACCAGUGCUGCCCUAGGUGUCCAGACUGUGUAUUGGAGAAUCAGAUAUUUGUGGAUGGUGAAAGUUUCUCUCAUUCCCGGGAUCCCUGCCAAGAAUGCCAGUGCCAGGGAGGCUGGGUCCACUGUCAGCCUCGAGCUUGCCCAGGACCCCCCUGUGCCCAUCCACUACCUGGCUCCUGCUGCAAGAGCAAGUGCAAUGGUUGUGACUUUGGUGGGAAAGAGUAUCCCAAUGGAGUUGACUUCCCCCAUCCUACAGAUCGGUGCAGGGUCUGCCACUGCAUUAAUGGGAAUGUACAGUGCUUGACUCAACGGUGCCCCCCGCUGCCUUGCCCAGAGCCUUUUCUAUCGCCGGGAGAGUGUUGUCCACAAUGCCCAGUGCCCCCAGCUGACUGCUUGGUUCCUGGGAUGCCCUCUGCCCAUCACCAGCAAUACUUCUCCCCACCUGGGGAUCCAUGUCGCCGCUGCCUCUGCCUCAAUGGUUCCAUUUCUUGCCAGAGACUUCCCUGUCCUCAAACAUUCUGCACCCACCCCCUGCAGGGGGACUGCUGCCCCUCCUGUGAUGGCUGCUUAUAUAAUGGAAAGGAGCUCUCCAAUGGGCAACGCUUCACCUCCCAAACGUCCCCAUGUCAAAUAUGCCUCUGCUGGGAGGGUAGUGUCACCUGUGAGCCAAAAUCCUGUGCCCCUUCCCAGUGCCCCUUCCCUACCCAAAAGUCCUGCUGCCCAGUCUGUGAUGGUUGUGAAUACCUGGGGCAGCGUUACCUGAGUGGUCAGGAGUUCCCAGAACCAGAAAAUCCAUGUAAUUACUGUACCUGCAUUGGGGGUUUUGUCUCCUGUGAUCGUAGACCCUGUGACCAGCCAAGCUGCAGCCACCCACUCACUUUGCCUGGGCACUGUUGCCCCACCUGUGAGGGUUGCUUAUUCAAUGGGAUCACUACUGCUCAAGGAGAAACCUUUCCUGACCCCAUUGACUCUGCUUGCUCCUACUGUACCUGCCAAGCAGGCUCUGUGCAGUGCCUAAAGAAGCCAUGCCCACCAGCUCUCUGCUCUCACCCUACCCCAGGGCCCUGUUCCUGCCCCACGUGCCAAAGCUGCAGCUUUGAGGGGCAUGAAUACCAGGAUGGAGAAGAGUUUGAAGGUCCAAGGGGCAGUUGUGAGCAGUGUUACUGUCAGGCUGGGAAUGUGUACUGUAAGAGCGUGCUAUGCCCUUCACUAUCCUGUGUCCUCCAAGUGACAGAGGCUGGGACUUGCUGCCCCCGCUGUAGAGGAUGCCUGUCCCCAAAUGGGGAACACCCUGAGGGCAGCAGCUGGACCCCUCUGGAUGCCCCCUGCUCCUCCUGCAUGUGCCACGAGGGUGUCAUUACCUGUGCCCGUGUUCGCUGUGUCAGCUCCUGUGCCUAUCCCCAACAGGCGUCCACAGACUGCUGCCCACUCUGCAAAGACUGUGUACAUGAAGGCCAGAAGUAUGAACCAGGAGAGAGUUUCCAGCCAGGCAAAGAUCCCUGUGAAGUCUGCAGCUGCGAGUUGUCACCAGGGGGCACUCCACGCCUACGGUGUUACCGGAGACACUGCCCCAGCUUGGUGGGCUGCCCUCCUAAUCAGCUCCUGCCUCCUGGUCCCCAGAACUGCUGCCCUACAUGUGCCCAAGCCCUGAGUAAUUGCACUGCUGGCCUGCUGGGGAGGGAGCUGACCCCACCAGACCCCUGUUACACCUGUCAAUGUCAGGACCUGACUUGGCUCUGUAUUCACCACACCUGCCCCCAGCUCAGCUGUCCUCCUGCCAAGCAGCACACCAUCCCCGGGACCUGCUGCCCUAUUUGCCGAGCCCCCAGUCCUUCCUGCUCCUAUAAGGGCCAUGUGGUGCCCUCAGGUGAGCAUUGGGUGGUGGAUGAAUGCACCAGCUGCUCCUGUGUGGCAGGCACAGUGCAAUGCCGGAGUCAGCACUGUUCUCUGAUUACCUGUGACCUUGAGGAAGCCCCCGUCCUGGAUCCCGGGAGCUGCUGUCCCCGCUGCCUCCCUCGCCCGGCUUCCUGCCUGGCCUUCGGGGACCCGCAUUAUCGCACCUUCGAUGGCCGCCUGCUGCACUUCCAGGGCUCCUGCAGUUACGUACUCACCAAAGACUGCCACGGGGGAGACUUCAGCAUCCACGUGACCAACGAUGACCGGGGCCGGAGGGGUGUGGCCUGGACCAAGGAGGUGACCGUGCUUUUGGGAGAUGCGGUCAUUCGGCUUCUGCAGGACCAAGUGGUCACGGUGGAUGGACACACUGUCUCCCUGCCCUUCCUGAAGGAGCCCUUCCUCUACGUGGAGCUGAGAGGAGGCACCGUGUUCCUGCAUGCCCAGCUGGGCCUUCAGGUGCAGUGGAACGGGCAGUCCCGGGUGGAAGUCACCUUACCAGGCUCUUACCGAGGCCGGACCUGUGGGCUUUGUGGGAACUACAACGGCUUCACCCAGGAUGAGCUGCAGGGCCCCUCCGGGCUACUCCUGCCCUCGGAGGCUGCCUUUGGCAACAGCUGGCAGAUCCCAGAAGGGCCUGGGCUCAGCCAGCCAUGCACCCCGGGCCGGGAAGUUGAUCCCUGCCGGGAGGCGGGCUACCGAGCCCGGCGGGAGGCCAAUGCCCGCUGUGCCAUGCUGAAGUCCUCAGCUUUCCAGCGCUGCCAUCAGGCUGUGCCCCCCGAGCCCUUCUUUGCUGCUUGUGUCUAUGAUCUAUGUGCCUGUGGGACCGGGGCCUCUGCUGACGCCUGCCUUUGUGAUGCCCUAGAGGCCUACGCCGCCCGCUGUCGCCAGGCGGGCAUCACCCCCACCUGGAGGGGUCCGACCCUCUGUGUGGUGGGCUGCCCCCUGGAUCGAGGCUUCAUCUUUGAUGAGUGUGGCCCUCCCUGCCCCCAGACCUGCUACAACCGACAUGUACCUCUGGGUGAGCUAGCAGCCCACUGUAUCCGGCCCUGUGUACCUGGCUGCCGGUGCCCAGCGGGGCUGGUGGAGCAUGAAGCUCACUGCAUCUCUCCUGAGUCCUGCCCCCCUGUCUUGCUUACCAUGGAGCCAAAGCCCACCCCUAACCGACACAUCCCGAGUCAAACUUGAGUGCUGUCUGGGAGCCCCCAGGACUAGGACUCAUUAAAGAUGGGGGGGGGGGGGAGAGUCUCAGUUACUUCCCAUCUUGACACUUUCCCUCUGGAAACCAGCCUCUCAUGGUCAGACAGCCUAUCACCUUCCACACCAACUCCAACUAGGUUCACCAUCCAUCUUCCUUCUUAAAGUGGCCCAAGGGGUGGGGUCACUCCCAUGAGUUGUUGGAGAACUUGCAACUAUCCCAUCUUGGCCUAGGGAAAUAAAAAGGAGCAGCUGGGGAACAUUAUGCCCUACCUGGGGUUCAAGGAAUAUGUGACCAGAGCCCAAAGCGAGGCUCCUCACUGUAAUUGUGUUUGAAACAUUAAAUGCUUCCUGGGCCCCUCUUUGCAGCUUCUAUUCUUCUCUCUCUACAAAGGCCCCAAGCCACGGUCUCAGUUUGGGGGGGUCCAUCCAGAACUAUUCCCAAACUACACAAAGAAGACAUAUUUUUCUGAAGGGAUGCAGCCAAGUUUCUAGAAAUACUGAAAGCCGGAAAAGGCUAUUACGCGGGAACAGCCUUAGCUCUUUGCUCAUUCCUUAGUUCUUUUCCUAUGAAGAACAUUCUGGUCUAAUCCCCAGUUUCCUAAACUAUGAUUCACAACCUCAUAUGGGGUCUCAUAAUUGAAUGUAGAGAUUGUGAAAUUAUGAUUAUCAGUAAAUAUUUUAUAUACCUAUAUAUCCAUGGUCCCUUAAAAACCUGGCAAAUAAUCCAAUAUAUGUUAAAUAUGUUAAAAUAUAUGUUAAAUCCAAUAUAUGUAUACAUAUUUAUACCAUAAUCAUGCUGCACAAGAAAAAUCAAAUCAAAAAGGAAAAAAGAAAACAAAAUGCAAAUAACAAAAAGAGUGAAAAUGCUAUGUUGUGAUCUACUUUCAGUUCCCACAGUUCUCUCUCUGGAUGUAGAUGGUUCUCGUCAUCAUUGAAACUGGUCCAGCCUUUAUGAAUUCUAUAUAAAACUUCCCUAAUUCAAAGUAGAGGGAGUUCUGGGCCUUCCUAGCUCCUAGUGCUUCUGCUGCUCCCAACAUCUCUAGGUGGGCCUUCCUAACAUUCAAUUCCCUCUUUUUCUCUACUCCUGAGAUGUUUUCCCCCUGUUUCUUUUUUAAAUGUCUUUUUUUAAUUAAUUCUUUUUAAUUUUCAAAACAUAUGCAUAGACAACUCAACAGCUUAAUCACCACCGCCCUAACAAAGGCAUCUGCCUUCUCUACUCCUGCCUGUAUCUCUGCUGAGAGGAACAGCCAACAUCUUUGGGUUUACGUCCUCCCUAAGUAGACCUCAUGCUAUGAUUGUAGAAUUGAAUCUACAGGAGGGAGAGAGAACAGGAGACUCGGUGGAACCUUACUGUGGCUGAGAAGUACAGCUCUAUGGAGCCUGAUGACUCUGGCUCCCUCUGAAUCCCUACAUCACCAGGGAUUCACUCUGAGUGCCUUGGAGAGAGUAUCAUUGUGGGGAUUGUGCUAUGGGCUGCCUGAGAUAUUGGAUACAACCUCACACACUCAAGGGCCAAGUAAGUGGUAGUGCUCCUCUAUCACCAGACUAGUGACAGCUACAGCUUUCAUGAUACUUUUGAAGCCCUUGUCUGUUUUCUCUAUUGUUGAGGCCUUGACCUACAACUCUAGGUCCUCCUUUCAGAGGUAGACCAAGGAACUCUGCCUUCAGCCUUCAUGAAUUCCUUUUUAUUUUUUAUUAAAGCUUUUUAUUUACAAAACAUAUGCAUGGGUAAUUUUUCAACAUUGACCCUUGAAAACCUCCUGUUCCAACUUUUCCCCUCCUUCCCCCCACCU